CUCAUAACUCACAGCUUUUCAGCGCACGCUGUUGCCCGCGCGCCCUCGCUCGCCGCGCCACAGAGCCGACGCCCUGCACGGCUUCCCUUCCUGUCGCUCCUUCGCACUCCCCUUCGCCAUCCGCGCCUUCCUACGUUGAGGUCAUGCACAUCUCAGCCACGACCCUGACCACGACUACCACGCUCCGCCCAUGACGACGAUCGAACAGAAGCGCAGCUCGACGGGCAGCCGCGUGCUGGGGAUGACUGGCCCCGUCGGCGAGCCGUCGCUGCCCCCGUCGCGACCCUCCUCCAUCACGACUGUGAACUCGGGCAGCCAGGGACGAUGGUCGCAGCCCGCCGCGCCGCGAAGGGGAGGCGGCGUGAGUGUCGCAGGUAGCCUGGGACACAGCCGCCCGACGACGGCCGCGAGCAGAACCCAUGUUCCUCUGGCUGCCCAUGGCUUCUUUCGACCCAUGAGCUCGCAACGCCUCCAGCAGCAGCGCAACCAGCGGCCAACCUCCCUCCUCGGCCAGAACUCCAACGUGCGCGACUCGACCGCCAGCUCGUACCGCCAGAGCAUAGGCUCGACACAGACCACGCGCGGCCAACACAUGCUGGGCCUCCAUCACGAGCUGGACCAGCCUCCCCCAUCACGCGGGACUGACAUGACCGACCGAGACAUGCCCGACCGCACAACUGCGAACUCAACGCCCACAGGAGCCGAGACUGUGCGCAGUCGCGACGAGAGUAUCACGCCUCUGCAACGACCUCGACCCCAUCAUCUGGAUCUCGCUAGCACGCACAACAACGAUGCUAACAAGCUUCCGACGCCAGCGAAGUCUCCACAUUCUUUUCGCUCCAGCUUCAUGCUACCCAGCCGUGAUGGUCGAUCCGCCCAGAUGCGUGUCCACCAGGGCCACGAGAAGCUCACUUCUGCGGAAUCGUCACCCAGACUUGGCCGGGCAGAGUCCACCAAGCAAGCUGUGAAGAGGGAGCUUGGCAAAAACUACGAGUACUUCGCUGGGAACACAGCUUUUUUCUGGGGCGGACGACUUCAGAACACACGUGAUAGGCCUGUGAACAUUGCAACUGCAAUUAUGAUUAUACUGCCAGCCGCCCUCUUCUUCGGUUUCUCUGCGCCAUGGCUGUGGCUUAAUGUUUCUCCAUCGAUACCCAUUCUCUUUGCAUAUCUGUUUUUAAUAUCCGUCUCUUCAUUCGUCCAUGCGUCUACUUCCGACCCAGGCAUUCUCCCUCGUAAUCUACACCCCUUCGCACCCACUAAUCCUAAUGAAGACCCUCUGAAUCUUGGUCCUCCAACGACUGAAUGGACAAUGGUCAUUUCAGCAACUGGAGCAAAUGCAGCAAUGGAGGUACCGACCAAGUAUUGCAAAAGCUGCAACAUCUGGCGACCUCCGCGCGCACAUCAUUGCCGCAUCUGUGACAACUGUAUCGAAACCCAAGAUCACCACUGCGUCUGGCUCAAUAAUUGUGUGGGCCGUCGUAACUAUCGUUACUUUUUCGUUUUUGUUUGCGCCACAACACUACUUGGACUCUUCCUGCUAGGGGCAAGUCUAGCCCACAUUCUGAUAUGGCGUGCACGAAACUCCGCUACUUUUGGCCAGGCGAUAGAUCGUUGGCGAGUGCCAUUUGCAAUGGUCAUUUAUGGGCUACUAGGGUGGGCUUAUCCUUUCAGCCUCGGCAUCUACCACCUGUUCUUGGUUGGGAGGGGUGAGACCACUCGCGAAUAUCUGAACUCACAUAAGUUCAUGAAGAAGGACAGGCACAGACCCUUCACGCAGGGCUCACUUCUGAGGAACUGGAUUGCGGUCUUGCAACGCCCGCGCCCACCAACAUAUCUGCACUUCAAAAAGGAGUACGAAGAAGGCGAUCAAAGGUUUAACUCUCACAAAGGCAGGCGCACAGCUUCUCUGGCGGCUGAGCAACAGGGUGGAGGACUGGAAAUGCAAGACGUCAGUAAUAGUCACGGCUUCCAAGGACCGGCUGGUAGAGCUCUCCGAAGCUCUCCGGACGCGAACACAGCACAGUGAGAGAUGGGCUUGCUCUUACAUACGUAGUUAAUGAACCAUCUGACGUCCA